UCAAAAAUUGCAGAUCGCUUCAGGACUGCAACGACAUGAAAUUAUCGACCGAAGAUUUCGUUCUGUUACCAGGAUAUGCUGUCAUUGUCGUUAUUGGAAUAAUAGGAAACUUUCUCAUCUUAGCUGUCGUGAAAAGGAAACGCUACAUGCAUACUACAACAAACUUUCUCCUCGCCAAUCUCGCUCUAGCCGAUUUAUUAACAUUGUUGUGGUGUAUUCCAGGAAUCUUACUGAAAGACUUAAUCACACACCCCAAUGGCCUACUUGGAGACAUUCUGUGCAAGUUUGUCACCAUGCAACACAUGGCCGGAAUAUCGCUUCUGGUCGCCGGGCUGACACUCACUCUAGUGUCUGUUGAGCGGUAUAACGCGCUGGUAAACCCUUUGAACGCCAGCUUGCGGCUCACGAAAGAAAAUGUCAAAUAUCCGAUCGUUGCCAUGUGGAUGUUUGCGUUCAUCUUUGUGCUGCCCCUAUUUGUUUUCGAGGAUUGGGACGAGAUGCAGAAUAGGUGUAUUAUGCUCUGGAAGAAGCCAUCAGCGACCAUUUAUUGGUCAAUUUUAACGUUGAUUAUUUUUCUCGCGUUUGUAUUAGUCUGCUUCUGCUAUCUCAAUAUAAUCAGGGGAUUGUAUUUUACAAAGCAAAUCUGCGCAGAAAGUUUAAAGUGUUGUUCAGAAGAGGAGAUGCAAGCCAAGUGUAAAAUCGUCAAGCUUUCGAUCACCAUCACAGUUAUUUUCCUCGUCUGUUUCUUCCCUUUCGUUGUUGCCACAGUCUCUGAUAAAAUUUCAGCGGAGGACGUAUUUUAUAAGAUCGCCUACUUUCUGGUUUAUUGCAGUUGUUGCGUAAAUCCAAUUUGCUACGCAGUUCAAAGCACAAAUUACAGAAAUGCAUUCAGGGAAACUAUCCGUAAAAGAUCGACCACUAAACAAACGGAACAAGCAGUGUAAAAGGUAACUGGUCACUUACCCCCACCCCCUUGCGAUGUUGUGCAAGUCACGUUGGUGCUAUCCUAAGUGACCUCAAUCCAGGAGUAGUCACAUUCUUCUUAAGUGUCGUCAAACAUCUAGUCAUAAAUUAUACUCUACUUAAUAUGAAUAGACAACGAGAUGAUGAAGUAUGAAAAAUGCUUGGUUAUGAAUACUAUUAGUCAUUUUUCUCAAGGAACUAAGUUGCUAUGAGACGAAGAAAAGAUAAUUAAACUUGAACAACAGGCAUU